AUUGCUACGCAUGGAACUGUGUAAAAUCGGUCUCGUAAACUUAUUUGGAUAUACAGUAUGCACGUUCUCAAAUGCUCAAAAAAAAAAAAAUUCAUACCGUAGGACUUGUGCAUCAUCCGAAAGGAAAAUUAGGAAGAGAGACCUGCCAGAAGUUCGGAGACAAAUUGGA